GUAAGAGCAGAUGGACAACCCCAUUUUCCUUGACAAGUCUUUUUUGCCAAGUGCCCCCUAUAGCGCAUAUUAAUAGAUCCCCACCACGAUGCCAAUUUCAGCUGCUGCCGCCGUGCCGCCAGAGGUCAUCACGAUCUUUGUCCGCUUGUGUCAACGCAAUGCCACCGACAAGUUCACGACCCACGUACAUCCCCAAGCGACGGUGGAAACCCUCCAGCGCUUUCUCGUAUCGCAAUGGCAUAUCACCAAGAAUCCGCUCAAGGACGCACCGUUGACUGGCCACGUGUUUAGCUUCCGUGGCCGCAUCCUUCGCCACGACACCAACCUGGACAUCUACUGUACGAACCAUGUUCUCAUGACGUGGCAAGCUCCCGCUCCUGUAUUGGACCUUCAAGCGUCGACACAUACACUGAGAGUGAUCUCGUAGAUGUCCACGACCAAGACUCGUUGUACCUUCGGUUUCCAGACAUGGGCCCCAUCUCGACACCAUGGGCGUUGUCCACCAGUGAACUGCGCGACGAGCUGAUUAGCCGCGGGGCGUACCAGCCUAAUCUCCGCCCCGAGCAACUGAUGCAUAAACUACAAGCGUUGCUGCAGCGCGAGAGUCGGCUGGAGCGGCUUCAGGUAGCGACCAAACGUGGCCGCGCCGACGACGUCCGUGCCAUCACACAGGAACUGAAAGCCCUCGAUGCCCAAGCAAACCAACGUCACACAUACGACGAUACACUGGAGAGUUGUCGCCCCAGGUCAAUUCGGUGGCCGUCCCCUCCAAGCGCACACCGCACCGUGUUUUGCUCUCUGUCGCAGCUCGAACGCAACUACGAGAAAAUCCCUCGCGAUGUGCUGGAACAGGCGCUGUUGAUCCUCGACGCCGACCGCAGCUGGGUGUUUCAGCCCCACAACACGCUGCAAAAGGCGUCGUUUGACUACAAGUACAUGGCGUUUGCCAAGGAUUUUAUGAAUUUGCUCGUGUUUAAAGAAGAAGCGCGCCUCGUGUUUUGGUUUCAGCCGGAAAAGAACUAUCAAGCGCUGUCGGCGUUCUUGACGUCGACGGUCGACCCUGUCACAGGCAAACCGUACCUCCCCCUCACGGUGGAGCCCAAUCGAUGGCUCACGAUGGGAGGUCAAGACGGCUGGGAAGGCAAGGUCCGGCGAGAUGGCCGCCGCAAAACCACUCGCGCGAUCCCUAUCUUCACCCCGAGCAUCCAGCGCAUUGUGACCAACCUGCAGUCCAAGAGCUUUGACGUGCUUGCUGUCAAGGAGAUGCUGGCGCAAGCAAACUCGACCCUUCGCUUUGGAGAUGACGUUGGAAUGUCGUAACGAAGCAAAGUAACAAGUGCAACAAGUACACAACAUGCACAUACAGACAUAGAACGCUCAGCGGGAAGCCUGGAGUGGUUGUGGUGCGAAGACGAACUUCUCUUCUACGCGUGAAUGGCCAAAAGCCAUUCGGCGUAGAAUACCACAGCCACCCACGGGCUGGAUCGAAUGUUGUCGCGGAGGGACAAAGUGAGGGGGCUCUCCGUGAUGACGGAGGAUGGAAAGACUACGACAGUUGACGCAAAGACCGCACACCCUUCGCCCAGUGUCUUACUUUGUUCGGGGCGGGCUGUUGUGUGGAGGCAUCCCCAUGUGAGAAAACACAGAAACGAACACAACCCGACAUGAGGCAUCCCACAGUGGUUUCGGGGUUUAGGAGAUCCCAUCAGGACCCCCAGAGUGCCAAGGAUGCCCGGCCAUCACGUCAACUUCGCGCUAAACUUCCAUCGCCUCCCCUCGUCUUCCAUGCGCCUCCAGGAUCAAUGGCAUCACUGCGUUGACGAGAAUCGC